AAAAAAUGGGUAAAUAAUUUUUGUCACAUAUGGGCAACACUCGAAAACUACCGAGACACUUCUGACACUUUGUUUAUCUUCAGUCUUUAUCAGUGUUGAGUCAAUUGUGAAUAAAGUUUUUUUGUUAUUGUUUACGGCAAUGCGAUGUCCACAGCAUGGAAGUGAAACUUUAUUAAGGUGACUACAGUUAUGACAUGUAUGAGCUGUGUUAAAAUGGACUAUGGAGUUGAAGAGGGCAGUUUUCCUCGCGAAUUUAUUGAAUACGACUUCGCUGAAGACGCAUUAGAAUUUGAGACGCAAUUAGCUGAGGCCCGCGACGUAAAGUUUACGCAAUCGCUAUCGGAGCCCUUGGAAAUAGGGUCUUAUAUCGUUUGCACCGGCACGCCUAGCGAAGACUUGCCUUGGUUUGCCGUAAACAUAGGUACUGGAGACCCGGAGAGCGGUCGCACAGAUGUAGCAGUACAUUUCAAUAUUCGUCUACCACAACACUACGUGGUGCGCAACACGCGCCGACACGACAAGUGGGGGCCGGAGGAGACCACGUCUUUUAGAAUAUUCCCGUUCAAAACAGACCGUCCAUUCACGAUAGAAAUACUAGUCGACGAGAAGGAAACACUCUGGGCGGUCGACGGGGAGUUCUACUGCAGAUACGCGCAUAGGAACCCCAGCCCCCUAGCGGCCACCUGGGUGCAAGUCAACGGAGUUCGCGACGCCGCGCUCAACAUCUCCAAGACAGACACUUUCCCUGUUUUAGCGCCGCCCGCAGUUGAGGUGCCUGUCCGGCCCUACUUGGGGGCGCCGCCGCAAGAAGACGAGCCGCAGUGGCACCACAACAAUGUUGCUGCGACGCUUAAAAAUGGUGUGCCAGAAGGACAUCAAGUCGUCGUAUGCGGAAGAUUAAGGCCGCUCCUCCACUCGUUCCACAUAGAGUUGUCGGACGGCGUCCGCGAGUGGCCGCACCCGAAUGUGCACGUGCACGCGAGCGUGCGCGCGCUGGAGGAGGCGCAGCGCCCGCGGCAGCUCGUGGUGCUCAACGCCUGGCGCGGCGGCUGGGGCGCCGAGCGGCGGCAGCGCUCCGCGCGUCUCGUGCCCGCCACGCAGAGCACAUUCCGUAUAGUCCGCGGUCCGAACGAGUGGUCGGUGUUCGCAGACGACGUCCUCAUCGGAGAGCUGGAGUACCGCGCGGCGGCGAGCGGGGUCAGUGCCCUGCGGCUGCGCGGGGACUUGUAUCCCGAACAGAUAUACGUGUGUCCCGUUUCCAACUCGCCGAUAGAGGCCGAUCGCUACUGAACGCCUGGUAGUACAACAACUACUAUUUUUCUACGAAAUAAUUUUAAGAUCGGUGUACACCGGACGUAUUUACGGCGGCGCGUGCACAGCAAAAUUGUAUGUUUUAUGCACGUGUUUACGCGCACGCACGGAAUGCACGGGUGUUUCUACAUUUUAUUCUAUCAAGAAUCAGCAAAUAUUAUAUCAAAUCACAAAUAAAAGUAAAUAAGAAAAUCAUAUUAGUUUGUAUUAUAAUUUAAGUAAGUAUUAAUUUUACUAUUUUAUAAUUGAGAGGCAAGUCGAGAUGAGCAAAUACUACCCGUCAGAAUGAAUAAAAUAAGGGGAUAAUGUAAUAAAUACCAUCGUAAAUUAUUACACAUUUAAAGCGCUAUAUACACACAAAAGCCGCCGACGCGCCGGAAAUAAACAAAAAAUACAGAAAAAAAGUACAAGGGUUCUAAUUAUUACAAAAGAAUUCUGUAGACCCAUCGUGAGAGGAGAGGUGGUUUACAGCGGAAGAUUGGCGUGUGUAUAAAAUAAUAUAGAGUUAAAUGAAAUAAAAUUUCCUAUAUUACGAUUUUGAAUAAUGUGAAUUUAAAAUGAAGCGGACAAAAAGUUGGCAAGUGGAUGGCACUGGUCUGUAUUGUGCUUUAUAGCCUGGCAUAGAAAAUAAAUUAUUCUAAUAUAUAUUCAGAUUGUUAUAUUAAAAAACGCGCUGCUUCAGAAGAAAUCACGCUUGCGCUCUAUUAAAAUAUAAUAUAUUAAUCUUAGAGUAAUAUCUAGCUGGAGUAGAUUAAUAUGCUAGCUGGAUUUCAGACUGAUAUAGUUAUCAAAUCUAAAACUUCUAGAACAAUAAUUUAACUAGAUAUGUGAUAUAAAACAGAUAUUGUUAAGUAAUAUUAUUUGAAAUCGGCGAAAUAUUAUAGCCCGCAUUGAAUUGGCAAAUAUCUUAGUAAUGUAUUAAACAAUUUAUGGUACGUAAAACUUAAACAAGUUUUCACAAGCAAUUUAUGAAGCAGUUCCUGUAACUUGAUUUGGACCAAAUGUAUUUUGUUGGAUUACAUGUUUUUAUAACUUUAGUUUGCUAAGUGUUUUGCAGCUGAUUGUACUCGAAUACGUAUUAUUGUUUUUAAUAGAUGUUUAUAGUUUAAAGAGGUUAAAUUUAUAUGCUUGUCGAGUCUAUGACAGUGAAAUAAAUUAUUUUGUUUUUUAUGCUA